CAUAACUGUGAAGAGCACCCACAUAUAAAAGACGCUGAGAUGCCGCACAGAACCCCAAAGACGUCCUCUGAGGGGAAAACACGCUCCAAGCACAAGGAAAAAAUGACCGGUCAACAGCUUGGGACUCCAACCAAGAAGCAAGAGAAAGUGCGGCCAGAAGGCCAUGUUGCAAAUGAGUCUCUCUCCUCUGAGACCGGGGCAGUCACUGUAAUUGAGACCAUCGUUAUAACAGAGAAGAUCACGCCUAAAUCUCAGGGGAAGAAGAAGAAGAAGCACGGGAUGGCCAAGCCAGAGAGUGAACCCCUGGCUGAAGUAGAGAAUGGAGCGAGGCCCAAGGCCACAAAGGCCACCUGUGAAGGUGCGGAGGCAAAGCUAGCACCAAAACCAGGGAAAGUGAAGGAGAAACCAGCACUGCCUCUAAUAUCUUCAAUAAACACUCUCAGCACAGGCAGCCCUGUCAAUGACGGCGCAAUGAAGUGCAAAGAAACAGAAGCAAUCAAAGCCAAUGCAGGAAUAACCUCAUGCGGCCAAGAAUCCCAAAGCACAGGCCUUCCCAGAGUGCUGGAUGAUGACCUCAUCAAACGCAGACGCAUCUGUGGGGAGAAAAGCGAAGCUGUCCCAGUAAGAACGAGACCACAGUUACCUGCAAUAUUCCGGCAAAAGAAAGAGGAGGAGGUGGGCUUUAAGAGAGCGUACAGUGACGUUGUCAAACAGAAGAUUCAGACACCUAAAGAAGUUGUUGCAGUACCCCGUGUGGUAGCUGAGAUCCAGGCAGAUCCGGUGCCUGAUGACCCUCAGAGCAUUUCUCUGUGGUGCCAGUUCAGCUCAGUAGCAGCAGACACCUCCAUUACCUGGACCAAAGAAGGAAAGGUCCUGUCUGAGAAGAAGAGGGGAGCGGGUGAUGAGAGCCGUGUCACUCUGUCCAUUGUGAAAGCCUGCAGUAAGGACUUGGGCAUGUACCGCUGUAAUCUGACCAGCAGCCUUGGCUCAGUGUCCACUUCAGACUACCAUCUCACUUCUGAAGUGCUCAUGGAACUUGUCAUCCCCAGCCAUGACACACCAGCUGAGCGCAGGGAGGUGGAUGGGGAAGAGGAGGAUGUGCAGUGUGCUCCUCUGCUCUUUAGGGAUGAUAUCCUGACUGAUCAGUACUUUGGGGAGAACCAGCCUGCCAGCAUUGUGACGGAAAAGGCCCACUUCGGGGAGGGAAUGCACCGUAAGGCCUUCAGGACCACUCUGCAGGCCGGCAUGCUGCCCGUCUUCAACCCUGGACACCCCUGUGUGCUCAAAGUCCACAAUGCCAUCAGCUAUGGGACCAAUAACAAUGAAGAACUUGUUGAGAAAAACUAUAACCUGGCUGUGGAGGAGUGUCAUGUGCAGAACACGGCCAGAGAAUACAUCAAGGCCUAUACAAACGCAGCCAAAUCUGCAGAGUCGUUCGGAGAAGUUCCAGAGAUCAUCCCGAUCUACUUGGUCCACCGGCCAUCCAAUGACAUCCCAUACGCCACUCUGGAGGAGGAGCUGAUUGGAGACUUUGUGAAGUAUUCAGUGAAGGACGGGAAGGAGAUUAAUCUGAUGAGGAGGGACUCAGAGGCGGGUCAAAAGUGCUGCGCCUUCCAGCAUUGGGUGUACGCUCAGACUGAAGGGAACCUUCUGGUCACUGAUAUGCAGGGUGUUGGUAUGAAACUGACAGAUGUUGGUAUCGCUACCUGCAGGAAAGGCUAUAAAGGGUUUAAAGGGAACUGUGCCACAUCUUUCAUCGACCAGUUCAAGGCUCUGCACCAGUGUAACAGAUUCUGUGAGCUGCUGGGUCUACCAUCCUUACAGCCCAAACCCAAACGAACGGUGGCCCCACCAAAGCCCAAAGCACAACCUGUGCCCAAGAAAAAGACCUUUGGCCCAGUUCUAAAGGGCAAAUCAUGAUUGGACUGAAGCCCUGAAGGCAGGGCAUUAUGGGUAAGUGGGGCAUUACAUUUGCAACGCUGUGAAGCUGCAUCAGGGGAGUGAUGGAGGCGCAGUGAUGCGGGAUGCAGAAAGCUUCAGGACACAGUUCUGAGGUGCAACAACUGUGACCACAGUGUUUCACUUGCAAAGGGUUUAGUGGGUCAUUGUUAGCUGUGCAUGCCAGAUUUUUGGGUCACUGAGGUGUGAAUAUACGUUUUGGUGGUGUACCUGUUUAGUAGGGUGUCAUCAGACACAGCCUGAACAAUGACUUUUGCAAUUUGGUGUAUUUUAUUGCAUCAGUUAGACGUCCUGCAUAUUAUGUUCAUGUUUAUUUUGGCUUUUGACAUGUAAUAAGCUGUGAUAUUUAAAAAAAAACAACUAAAGAAGCUUCCUAUAGUUUCUAUGUGUACUCUUGUGAUACGCACAUGAAGCGUUUUGUACUGACAACAUGACAGUAAAUACUAGUUAUCCUGGAAAAACCUGAUCAAUACUUAAAUGUAUCUUCAAACCGAUCAUGUAGUAUGAUCGUAUAUUAUUUUGACAACUGGAAUAAGUGACUCGCAUGAUUUAACAAUAUCCUUACUUAUUGUACAUUGUGCAUUAGGAGAAUUUCACAUUUGUACUGUAAAAGAAAGGUUCUCCUUAUUGUUUAUAUAUUUUAUCAUUCACUCUAUAUUCAUCUUCUAAUAGAAGGUGUACAUAUUUUUGUAAUGCCUGCUUAGUGAUUUCCCAACCUUUUCUUUUUUACAAUACUUGAAUUUUUGUUUUAUCUUUUUUUUUUUUAGUUCAUUUGAGAGCUAUUGCAAAUGUACUGUGAUGCAGAAUUUUCAUCCCUAGCAGCUUUUUAAAAAGUGUCAUUAACCCAUUAAAACUAUCUUUCUAUUAUCGAUCUUAA